CAUACAAUCCAGGAUGGAGGGAUCAUCCAAAUUUGAGAUAUGGGAAUUCCCAGGGGAACCAACAACAACAGCAAAAUGCUCAAGGCCAGCAGCAAUAUCAGCAAUAUAGGGCACCAUUAGCCAAACCUCAGGGCCAAAGCUCAAAUUCGAGUAAUAUGUCAACUGAUGAAAUGAUUAGAUCACUAACUUCUAAUGUUUCUACUAUGCAGCAAAACAUGGUGCAAUUCCAGCAAGAGACCAAAUCCAGUAUUCAGAAUUUGGAAAGUCAAGUGAGUCAAAUUUCAAGUGCAGUGAGCAGACUUGAAGCUAAGGAUUCGGGAAAACUUCCAUCUCAAACGGAGUUGAAUCCUAAGCAACAAGCCAACGCUAUUACAUUGAGAAAUGGCAAGGAGCUGAAAGAGACUGAAAUUGCAACUAAGAGGGCUGAAGAGUUGAUUGGAGCUGAGGAGAAGGAAGAGGAACAUGAAGCUGUAGCAAAUCCUCCCACUUUUCCAUCUUAUGAACCCACACCACCUUUUCCUGAAGCUUUGAAAGAAACGAAGAGGUAUGAGAAGGACAAAGAUAUCUAUGAAACUUUCAGCAAG